AUUUUUUGAUGAAUUGUGUUUAAAUAAACAACAGCUAAGAAUGGCAUGAACACGUCAUGAGUAAUUAAAAGCCAGUUGUUGUUAGUUUUUUUGCUGAAUGGUAUGAAAAUUAUAAUGAAUCAAAUAUAGGUGUGCUCCAUGUCAUAAGUUGAAUCCUUAAUUAAUUUAAGAAGCUGAGAAGAACUUAGAAAAAUGGUAACUUUGCUUGGUUAAUGUUGAUAAUGAGGAACUCUAUGAUGUCGUAUAAUAAAUAGCGGUAUUGCUUAAUAUUUAUUUAAUUUAGAAGGCUUAAAUUCCAUCUGUUCAUUUACUAAAUAGAGGAACUUCUAUUGACUCUAUGACUGGAUAUAGUGAAAGAAAAACUAAAUCUUUUAUAGAUAAGGUUUGCAGUUGAUUUUAAUUACUUGUUUAAACAUGUCUUUUAUAAAAUUAUUAAUCAAUUAGAAAGACGCAUUUGACCAUUUAAUUAUCACAAUAAAACCUUUUCUUUUAGGUAACG